CCUAGGCAUUGUCCAGGUCGCUUGGGCAACUGAGAGGGGAAAAAGGGUGGGGGUCGCGCUCCGCCGGUCUCCGGUGGAGCCAUGGGGAAGUCCAAGCACCGGAUCACCGCGGACGGGCGGUGCCAAAGGCAGCGGAAGAACGAGGGCUCUGCGUGGACCUGUGGGAGAUGCAGUUUUCGGAACGAAGACGGCGCGAGUUGCCAAGUCUGCGAAGAGCCCAGGGAAGCCUCAGAAGGUGAGGAGGACGAGAGCGAGGAGGAAGAGCUUCAGGAUUGGUAUUGCAGCGAGUGCUCCUUCAAGAACACAGGGCUGCUGCCGUACUGCGAGCUUUGUGAGACGGCGCGCUCCAGCGCGGCGAAGGAGGCAGACGAAGAGCGGCCCUGUCCCCUCUGCUCAUUCCACAACCCCAGCGCGCGGACGGCUUGUGCGAUGUGCCAGGCACCUUUGACGCCGGCCAGCGCGCCGGCCAGCGCCUCGGGCCCCUCGGGCGCCGGGUCCCGGGAGCCGCCGGAGCCCUCCGGCUCGCCGGAGGAAGUUGCUCCGGCCCUGGAAGCUGUGGAGGCUUUGGAGGAGGAGGAGCGGCGGUUGCUGACCUCCAUGGGCUGGAACCCGGACGACGACGAGGGCGGCCUCGAGGAGUGGGAGAUUGAUGCUGCCCAGGAGAGCCUCAUCGGCAGGAUCCAAGCAGAAGGCGACCGCGAAGGCCUGCGAGAACGAGCCACCAGAGAAUUUGAGUCCUGGAAGGCUCGGUGAGUCCGCGAGUGUGCAGCAUCCCGCUGCAUUCCGCUGCCCUUCUGGAGAAUGAGUUGCACAACUAGGUCCCCCGGCUAGGUGCCC